AUGAACUCAGCUCAAGAACUUACAGACAAGGCUGGCACCUCAGGCCUUCAGGACAUUACGCUCGAAGCCUUGUUUAAUAAUUGCGCCGAUAUCUCUCAUGUAGAGCUCACCACGCAUAGCGGGCAUGGAUACAGUCUGUUGGAUGGGUCAGCCCUUGAUAAGUUGUGGGAGCAUCCACAUUGGGGCACCAAGCUGAAAAAGCUCAGACUCCCAGAUCAGCACACCAGUCACGAGUCUCUCACGAGGGCAGUGCGUGCUCUCACCAAGGAAAAGGAUAAGCUCUUAGUCCAGCUGGUCAGCGUCUCUGAGCUCAAGAAAUGGGAAGAUUGGGAGCUCGAGGUCUGGCAUACCAACUUUCGCAAACAAAGGAAACAGGACAUUUUCUAG